AUGCGCUGGUCGCUUGGGAGCUAUGAUAUCUGCUUCAAAAAUGGACAAUACGGGAUGCUUUCUAAAUUCUUCACGUACGGCAACACCCUGCCAACCCAACGAUCUGCGCACUCCAAAUACGGGGGCCUUUUCCAACCGACGAUGACGGAGUGCAUACGACUGCUCAGCGACCCUCGUGGUGGCCAAUCCUCAUCUCCUCAGUCGCAAGCCCAGCGCACCCCUUCAAUGUCUUUACCACCUUCGGACCCCUUCUCCGCCUCGACCCUCACCUACUCCACCAACGGCCUCGACUCCUUCCCAGCACCCGCCGCCUACCCGAGUCGACGCCACAGCUGGCUGCACAUCUUCCCGGAAGGCAUGAUCCACCAGCAUCCGUGCAAAACAAUGCGCUACUUCAAAUGGGGCGUCGCGCGCCUCAUCCUCGAAGCCGAACCUUGUCCAGACGUGCUUCCAAUGUGGAUCGAUGGACCGCAAGAAGUCAUGAGCGAGAAGCGAACGUUCCCACGUCCUUUACCGCGGCCCGGGAAACAUGUGGAGGUAACGUUUGGCGAGCUGGUCGAUCGCGAAGGCGUGCUGGAGCCGUUGCGGAGAAGAUGGCAGACGCUGAAGGAGAGGGCGAGGCGGAAACCGGGCAGGGAGGGUUGGGAAAUGAUGGAGGUUGACGAGAGGUUGGGAGUGGUCGAUGACGACUUUUUGCGGUACGGUCCCGAGGCUGAAAAGUUACGGAUCGAGGUGACACUUGCGGUGCGCAACGAAGUACUCAAGGUGCGGCGUCAGCGCGGCCUGCCGGACGAGGAUCCAAAGCGCGGUCUCGCUGAGACGUUUAAGCGGGAGGGUCCGAAGCGGGAGGGCGAGAUGGCCGAUCGCAGUGUGGUGAAGGACAUGUAA